AUGAUUGAACCUGAUCAACCACAAUCAUCUUCAACAGCAAUCCCAUCUAAGACAACCAAACCCAUCGAUCUUUCAAAUCUUGAAUCAUUACUCAAUCAAUGGAAAACUACACUUUCAGGAAAAUUUCCACAUCUUCAUCAUAAUCGAAAGGAUCCAUUCUAUCAAACUCUUUCUCAUUUUCCAUCUGAAGAACCAAGAAAAAGGAAAAGGACACGUCGAGCAAGACGAUCACUCAAAACCAGACUUCGUAAUCUUCAAGCCAAUCGACCUGUUCCAGCAUUUCAAACCGUAUUCACACCCACGACCACAUUCUCAUCAAUCCCUCCACCUCCUACACGUACUCUUGAUCAUCAACCUCCAGCAACAUCAGAGCAGUUCCUACAAAUCGUAAAAGAUGUUCGAAAAGCCAUCUUACAUCCUACCAAACCACUCUUACCAAAACUCAAUUUAUGUGGAAGUUCUGGAAGCUAUUUUUGUAAAGCUCUCGUUGACGGGACUGCUGAAGUGGUGGGAAUCUUUAAGCCAAAAGAUGAAGAGCCUUACGGCGCUAUGAAUCCAAAGUGGACAAAAUGGUUUCAUCGAGUCCUAUUGGCUCCUCUCAUCGGCGGCUUUGGUCGCAGCUGCUUAAUUCCCAACCUCUCGUAUCUCAGUGAAGCUGCAGCAUCUUUACUUGAUCGCCGAUUGGAGGCCUAUAUUGUUCCACGCACUGAAGUAGUACACAUCUCUUCACCGACGUUUUUCUACUCGUGGCUCGAUCGAAAAGCAGCUACGCGCAAGUCAAAGCCUCGUCCACUUCCUCAGAAACCAGGUAGCUUUCAGCUAUUUUGUACUGGGUUUGAAAAUGAGGCUGAUAAAUGUUCAUCUGUUUCUCAUCCAUCCAAUUGGUGUUGGACUCAAGAGCUUAUGGAUGAUUUUAAACAUGAAAUGGAGAAGUUGGUGAUUCUUGAUUAUCUCAUGCGCAAUACGGACCGAGGACUCGAUAAUUUCAUGAUCAAAGUCUGCAAUGCUAAUUCUACUACGAGCAGCCGGGCAGAUGGUGACAAUAUAAAUCCAGCUGACCUCUCACAUCGCCCACAUUGUCAUGUUGCUGCAAUCGAUAAUUCAUUAGCAUUUCCUCAUCAUCAUCCUAACGGUUUACGCGACUACUCUUAUGGCUGGUUGUUCUUACCUGUCUCCUUGAUCGGCCAACCUUUCUCAGCCUCUACACGAGCUCAUUACCUUCGACUCCUAACAGAUCCGAUGUGGUGGGCAGAAACGAUCUAUCAGCUUCGACAAUUAUUUUCGACUGAUCCUGAUUUCAAUGUGGCCAUGUUUGAACGUCAAAUGGCACUUUUGAAAGGACAAGGAUGGAAUGUAGUCGAAAGUCUUCGACAUUCUGAUGAGGGACCAUUGGAGCUUUGUAGAAGAAAGAAAGCUUUGGUAUGGGAUGAAGCUUUAGAAUUACCUGAACAUCAAACUUCUCCAGUACGACCUUUACCGAUCCCGGCCCCCAGAAGCGGGCCAGAACCAACACGAACGUCAACGGCUCCUGCUGGACCUAUGCGCCCUAUGCUACCUACUCUUUCGCGUUCUUGGUCUUCACGUACGGCUAAUUCAAUCUCACAGAAACCACCACGACCGAUCUCUCUGGCUGUUCGUCGAGGAAAUGGAUCCGAAGAGAUUGAUGCAGCUAGAGGUGUAGAUGUGAUGAAACAAAUGGAUGCGAUGCAAGCGUGGGAAGAAGAAGAAGAAGAGAUCGGAUCACCAACCACAUUUACAAGUCUUGAAGGAAACUAUGGUACAUUUCCAAUCCAAGGUGGUGAAGAAGUUGAAGGAUCAGAUGAAGCAGAAGAUGAUAUUAGAAGAGAAGAAAGAAGUCCAUUGUUAGUGAAUGAUAAAAGGAAGUUGAAUGUUGGAUUUAUUGAACGAGUUCAAUUUGUUAAAGCUCAACCAGUCUUUAAGAAUUGUUGAUCGUUAAUUAAUUUAGAGUUGAACAUUUCGAUAUUCUUUUGAUAUUGAUUUGUCAGUUUGUUUUGUUAUGUAAUAAUGAAGUCAGUGAAGGUUUGUUUUUUUCUCAAGAACUUAUAAUUUAUGUAGAAAGUAAUAGAUAUGUAUAGUUUUUGAGUUUUGUUGAUUGAUUUGUAAGUUUUGAUUAUUUUCUUUAUUGCAUUCUUUCUAAUUCUGAUACGCAUAUGUAAGAGAAACAGUUUGUAAUUUCAAGAAGAUCCUUGUGUUUAACUUUAUUAAAUCUGGAUGUCAAUUAUUUUUAUUUAUUUAUUUACAUUUGUGAUUGAUUAUGUAUUGAUUGAUUUUGAGUGGCUC